AAUCAAAUAUGUUAUGUCAUAAUGUGAACAAUCUCUCUCUCUCUCUCUAAAUAUGAGAGAGGCACUCACACAUGGAGAGACACCCAGCUAAUCCAGCUUUUUAUUUCUUGCCUUCUUCCCUCACAGCCUGUCAAGCCUGAAUCAUUAUUGCUCCAUCAAUUUACAGUUUUAUAAAUUUGAGUUUGAGCUUUCUGGUUAUUGCUUUGUUUAUUGUUCAAAUCCAGAAGGAGUUGAGGGAGAAGUUGAAUCUUCUUGAGCUGCCAAGAGAGAUUAAUUUUCUACUAGUCUAUGAUCUCUCUCCGAACUCACCAGGUAGACUUGACUUCUUGGAAUUUUCCAUCCUUUGUGUCAGAAAAACCAUGACAGAGUUGGUUUCCAUUAAUAAGAGUCAUCGUCAAUUGCGGCUAAAAAUGCUGGAAUGAGGAAGGAAAAUGUUCAAUGAGCUUCUUCACAGAAAGCUGCACUUGUGCUACUUCAAUUUUCAGGCAUGGGGACCAAGAUUGAGCAUUCCACAAAUCCUCUAGCUGUAGCUGUAGAGACCAACAACUUUAGUAUCAGUGGUGUGGAUGUCUGGGAGUAUUAUCAGAAAAAGAGGCUGAUAGGAAUCAACAAUAAGUUGAAAGAUCCCAUUCCCAUGGAUAGGAUUCUUGACAGAACUAACAUGGAGUCCAUCAAAAAGACAAUGCAGAUGCAAGAGGAUAUCUUCAAACACCAGGUAAGAGAACUACACAGAGCAUAUAGUUUGCAAAAGAUGAUGAUGGAAGAACUGAAAAAAGAAAGCAGACAAAAGAAUAUCUGGACUGCUAUGAAUGACUUAGAAAUUAGCCUUCCACCUCAUCAUCUCAGUGACCAGCAGCAACACCAGAAAAGAACACAAACUUCAUAUGGACCAGAUUUGCAGGUUCAGAGUCUAAAAGAUGAACAUUGCUCAAGAGAAAGGAGUGGAAGCUGCUCUGGUGGGGACACAAUCAAAAUGCCUCAAAGGGGAUUUGAUCUUGCAAGGCCUGCAGAAGAAGAAGAUGAAGGAGAGGCAGGACCUAAUUCAUAUACUGCAUUUCAGGGUUGUGCAAUUAGGAAUGAAGGUGAUGAAGACAUGGAAGUCGAUUUGACAUUAAGUAUAGGAGGUAGCACUAGCAGCCAGGGUAAGAAGAAGAAGGAAAAACCCCAUCUGCUUUAUUCAUCUGCAUCUUUCAAAUCAGAUAGAGGAGGAGAAUGCAGUGACCCUAACACCCCAAUGAGCAGCUCAAGCGUGACAUUUGAUCAAGAAAGAAAAGGGGGAACACAUUGGCUUUCUCAAGAUUUAAGGCUUAAAUAGGAGUUUGAUUAUCCACUUGCUUGUUUAAAAGCCAUGUCAACUCUUCAUGGACCACUGAAUUUAUAGGGUUCAUGCACUCAGAUAUUCCUCUAUAUUAGUUUUUUUUUUUCCAAUAAAUCAAUUGGAUGAUUUAUAAGCCCAAGCUUCUAAGUGUCCUUUUGUAAAUAGUUAUCUGCUCUUCCCCCAAUUUCUUAGUUUACUUCAUAUCCAACAUGUUCUUUUCCAACUCAAUACUUCAUAUCCACUAUUGAAGUAGAAGUAAAAUAUGAAUUAUGUAAUUUAAACCUUGGGAAUACGAAAAAGGGAUCAUGAUUGAUUA